AUGCCCUAUUUCGACGUCAGGAAAAUCGAGAGAAUGCCCACGAGGUUCCCAACGUUGGUGAUGCUCUAUCACCACGACGAGAAGGCCGCGAUCUACGACGGUGAUAUGGGCGACUAUCACAAAGUUGAUCAGUUCAUCCUUUCUCGUCGUGUACCGAUGGUUACAGAGCUCUCAGCAGAGACUGCUGAUCAAAUAUUCUCGAGUGGUAUGCCUACGAUAUUCCUCUUCCGUGACCCUGAGUCGGAAGUGGGCCAGAAAGCUGAGGCCGCUUUGAGGGAGGCAAGCACUACCCUAAGAGGUUCAGUCGUCUUCGCUCUGGCUAGCGAUAAGAACAACGCCAUCCAGCAACAGUUGUUCCACGAGCUCUCACUUGAGAACUUGGAACCGUCGGAUUUCCCUACCACACGUUUGGUUUAUCGCUCCACUCGUUCCCAUCAACAUCGGCAGUACAUGGACGUAAAGGCGCGGAAAUAUCGUAUUGAUGCUGGAUACGGUGCACGGACAUGCCCACCAGUUACCUCUCCUGACCAUUACCGCUCCUUCGCCCAUCAGUACAUCAAAGGGAUGAUCAACCCCUACAAGCGGUCAGAACCCCUGCCCGUCUACUAUGGCAACGAGCCAGUCGUGCAGGCGGUCGGUAGCAACUUCCAAGAGCUCGUCCUCGACUCCCCUCAAGAUGUCCUUGUUGACUUCUACGCACCAUGGUGUGGUCAUUGCAGACAGUUCGAGCCCACUUAUAAAUCUCUGGGGGAGACUCUCAAGCCUUUGAGGAAUACAUUGCGAGUUGUGAAAAUAGAUGCGACACAAAACGAGGUCCCAGUGCAGAUCAGUGGAUUCCCCACUAUACUGCUAUACCCAGCUGGCAAAAAGGAUUCUCCAGUGGAAUUUCGUCAACAGCGAACUAUACCUGUCAUGACUGAGUUUCUCAAAGCACACUGUACCAACUCCCUCACACUUUCUCGGGAGGAUCCCAACUCUCGGUGGCAGGGAUUAAGCCCCGACGAGCUGUAA